GCUCAGUCUCACAUCAACAAAUUAACAAUUAACAAGAACGAGCUACAUAGAGAAUACAGAUUAAUUAGUAACCCUUGGCAAUUAACCAACCCAACCACAUGCCAAACACCACUGAACAAUUCUCAAACAUCAACAGCAUCGAGUCCCUCCAUGUUUCCCUUCGCAACCUCUCCCAACUCAGCACCCGAAUGGAUUCCGUCCAAAGCUUCGUCUCCCAAUCGAUCCAAUCCCACACUCUCCUCACUCACCACCAAAUGAACAUAGUCUCCAACGAGAUCCUAACCGCCAUUCGCCACGUCAUCACCAACGGCGUCGCCCUUGUCGCCGCCUCGGAAAACGCGCUCCCUCUCUCGGAGACUCCAACGUUGGACUCCCCGAACAACAACGACGACGACAACGUGGUGGAGCUCGAUGCCAUGGAGCUGCUGGCCAAGCACCUUCACUUCUGCGAGGUGUGUGGGAAAGGCUUCACGCGCGACGCCAACCUGAGAAUGCACAUGCGCGCGCACGGGGACGAGUUCAAGACCCCGGAAGCGUUGGCGAAUAAAGCCCGUGGAGAAACGCGCUUGAAGGCGACGCGGUUUUCGUGCCCCUUGGAGGGAUGCAACCGUAACAAGACGCACAAGAAAUUCAGGGCGUUGAAGUCAGUGUUCUGUCUGAGGAACCACUUCAAGAGGAGCCACUGUCCCAAGACGCUGUCGUGCGAGCGGUGUCGGAAGAAGAGCUUCGCGGUGCUGUCGGACUUGAGGAGCCACGUCAAGCAGUGUCGGGGAGAGGCCACGUGGAAGUGCUCGUGCGGGACCACGUUUUCGAGGAAGGACAAGCUGCUCGGACACGUGGCGCUGUUCGAGGGGCAUUCGCCGAUGCUUGGAGAGGAGAGAGAUACGGUGGUGGCGGCGGCCGCGGAAGGGUUACCUGAAGGGUUCUUUGAUGGAUUGGAUGAAUUUGGAUUUGGAUCCAUUCAAAACAACUCUUCACAGGAGGAACACUUGGCCUUGGGGCUUCCCACAAAUAAUUUAGAUGCAUGGGAAUUUUCUUUUUCUAAUUUAAUCUAAAAGAGAUUUGUUGCAAGUAUUUGAUGCAGUACUUGUUAAGAAAAUAAAAGUCAUAAAUAUAAGUAAA